AUGUCAGACUACCAUCCACCAACCGACCUUGAAGAGUUGUUAACUCAGAGAUCAAGUAAGUGUCCCGAGUUCAUUACUGAGCACUAUCAUGACUCUUUGACAUGGUUUGUUCGCGCUGUGUAUGACAGAGAGUGGCACUUCCCGAACGCUGAUCAGCAUCAGGCUGCAUUGGAUUUGCGUGAUGCUGUCCUUCGUCUAAGGCGUGAUGGAGCGUUCGUCGCUGUGCCAUUAUUUCGUGUGAACACCGAUCCUAUCGGCCCCCAUCCGUUGGUAAGGCCUAUCAUACCCUUCCUGGAAAUAAAUCAUUUCCAAGUCGAUCCCAGGCUCAUACGAGAUCUGGGUCCCUUCGACCUCGUUUCCCUCCGUAUUUUCGUACCUUUGUAUGAACAGGGGUGAUCUAAGGUAUUUCUUUAUUUCUUCUCAGUCAAGUUGACUCAUCAACUCAUUGCAACCAAAUUGCAAAGCAUACUCGUGCACCCACUGACCCGUGAAGCGUAAUUCAUUUGCUUAGUGAGCAUUUGAUUAACUGACCGAUGCGUGGCGCGGGCACCUUUAC